GGAAGUGGCACGGAUGACCCCGGAUGCAAAAAGGUGUAUUGUGGUGCCCACUUCCAGAGAGCGAGACGGUGGAAAACUCAACUUUGGCGGCUGUUCAUAAGACAAUAAGAUUUCUAGCUAACAUGGCUGAGGUACUAGAGAGUGGAAAGAAAAGAAGAAACAAAAUUGAAGAAGCUGAUAGUGCAACUUCUGAACACUUAAAGGCUGAUUCUUCUGUCAUUGGAAAUGAUGAUAAAACUUCAGAUAAAACACAUUGUGAUGAAGAUCAAAUGGGAGAUGGGAAUGCUCAUGGUGACAAAAGACCAAAAAAGAGGACCCACGAUGAUGAGGUUGAAGAAAUUUCUGAACAGAAAAAGGCUAGGUUUACAGAAGAUGGAAAGAACUUGGUUGAAGAAGCAAAUAGAACAACUUUGCCAGACUCUGAAAUAAAGCCUAUUGUUGUGGAAGAUAAUAAAACAAAUAAAGCAUAUUGUGACACAACUGAAAAAGGAGAGGUCAGUGCACUUAGCAGCAGAAAAGGAGAGAAGAGAGAACUUGAUUCUGAAAAGAAAGCACAUUCAGAAACUGUAGCAGCACAUUAUAAUAAGCUUGAAGAGGUUGGAUUGGAACAACGUAGUAUGAGUCGCAUUUUCCAUCUCCGAAAUUUUAACAACUGGAUCAAAAGUGUGCUCAUUGGUGAAUUCCUUGACAAGGUACGGCAGAGGAAACAAAACAUGACAGUUUUAGACUUGGGAUGUGGCAAAGGUGGAGACUUACUGAAAUGGAGAAAAGGCAGAAUCAGUAAGCUUGUGUGCACAGAUAUUGCUGGUAUUUCUGUACAACAGUGUGAACAGCGGUACCAAGAUAUGAGAAACCGUGGGCGUCACAAUGACCGAAUUUUUAGUGCAGAAUUUAUAGUUGCUGACAGCACCAAGGAACUUCUGUCUAAAAAGUACAAGGAUCAAAAGAUGCACUUUGACAUCUGCAGCUGUCAAUUUGUGUACCAUUAUUCAUUUGAGACAUAUGAGCAAGCUGAUAUGAUGCUUAAAAAUGCUUGUGAACGACUUUGCCAUGGAGGAUAUUUCAUUGGCACAACUCCAGAUAGCUAUGAACUCGUAAAACGCCUUGAAGCUUCACAGACAGACACAUUUGGAAAUGAAAUAUAUACAGUCAAGUUCCAGAAGAAGAAUGGAGAUUAUCCCUUGUUUGGCUGCAAGUAUGAGUUUAACUUGGAAGGCGUGGUUAAUGUCCCAGAGUUCCUGGUCUAUUUCCCAUUGCUAGUAGAAAUGGCAAAGAAGUAUGGCAUGAAACUAGUCUACAAAAAGACUUUCCGGGAGUUUUAUGAAGAAAAGAUAAAGAACGAGGAACAUAAACUGCUUUUACAACAAAUGCAGGCAUUGGAGAAAUAUCCUGCUGAUGAAAGUUCCAGGUUAGUCUCAAAUAAAGAGGACUACGAGCAUGCAGAAAUCCUUAAGACUGAUGGAAAAGCAAAGCUACCUUUGGGAACCUUGAGUAAAUCUGAAUGGGAAGCAACAAGUAUAUACUUGAUUUUUGCAUUUGAAAAGCAACAGUAAAAAAAGACCGCAAAGAAAUACAGUUGAUGUGAUCUAGCAUCCAAAGUGACAGCUGUUUUAUAUUUUUAUGUUUAAGAAUGUGCGGGACACAACCAAAUUGGGCAAACUUACUUAGGAGUUAUGGUUGCCUGUCUGUGACAGAUGGAAUAUUUGUGUGUGUGUGUUGUAUGUGUGUAUAUAUAUAUGUAAACACAUGAAAUAGGAAUUUGAAUUCUUCUGGGUGGGAUAGUUGGGUUCCUACUUUUUAAGAAAGAGCAUGUUUUCUGAAAUACUCAGGGUGUUUUCAGACACACAUUUGCUACUUAUUGACAGCUUAAAAACGUACUUCAUGGCAGCUAUCAUAGUAUGAAGAUCUGCUCAUAUGUAACUUCCAUCCAUAUGGUAAUGCAACUUGCCAAGCUUGAAAAUCCAAGGAAUUGGGGAUAUGGGUAAUUGCAUUGUCAGAGGCUACAGAUAACCAGCUCUACAUGUUGUUAGAGCCAUACCAAAAUAAGUUUUGAAGUGGUCACCAUGCAGCAUGUGUUAAUUUGAAUUUGCCCAUUGUGAAAUAUUGAACUGUGUAAAGUUGUAAACAAGUAAAUUCUUAAGUGUUGAAAUGACUGAGGCUGGAUCCAGUACCCACAGCAAUCAGUAGAGAACUUGCUGCCCCUGUUUCGGAGCUAUAUAAGUGGUUGUCUACUUUCAGAGAGGAAACCUUUGUCAAGCAAUUUAAGUAAAUGAAGAAGCUCUUGCAUGCGUGAGUUCUGUGUGCAUUAGAAUGCCAGAAAACAUUGCUUGGGCUUUUAAUCUCCAUUUCACAGUGCAGUAUUUUCAGUGUUAAAUAAUUGUGGAUCAACCACAAGGUGGAGUGGGGGAAUACUUUUGAGAAAUACGAAUUUGUUGUUUGUGCUCCUUGGUGUGUAAUUUCCUUUCAUAGUAUGUGAUCAGGAUUAAAUAGAUUUCUGUUCUGUACAACUG